AAGAGUCCAUUAAUUAUUACUAGUAUACCAUCUUUUACAAAUUACAAAAUAUUAUAUAGAGUAUAUAUUUAUCAAAAUUAAUAAUCUAGAGAGUAUUGAGAGUGCUUAGUAAGAGAGAUUAGCAAAUUUGCAACAAUGGGUAAAUUGAUUUUUGUAGCAAUUUUCAUGGUGUUUGUAGUAAUUGCAGAAUUUGCAAGUAGUGAAGUUGCUGCAGGUGCAGCUGUUAUGGUUGGGUCAAGUGAUACUAAGGAGGAAGGAGAUAAUAAAUUAGUACAAGAAGAGGAAGGGGAUAUUGAUGGUGGUUUUUCUUCAUUAGAUGGAAUGUUAACAUGGGCUAUAGGGCAUUCGGAUCCUGGAGUACUAAAACAAAGAUCAGAAGAUGUUCAACGCAUGUCUGUAGAGGAGUUACAAAAUCGCCAGACUGAAUUAAAGGAACUGAUGGAGAGGCUAAAAAUGCCAUCAGAUGCGCAGUUGAUGCAGGUUGCAGUUAAUGAUUUAGACAAUUCAUCACUACCUCUGGAGCAUCAUCUGCGUGCCUUAGAGGAGCUGUUGGAACUUGUUGAGCCUAUUGAUAAUGCAAUUGAUCUGCAGAAACUUGGAGGCUACAACGUACUUAUAAGAAUACUUAAUCAUUCUGAGCCAGAAAUAAGAACUGCUGCUGCAUGGGCUCUUGGCAAAGCCAGUCAAAAUAACCCCGUUGUUCAGAAUCAGGUCCUGGAACUUGGAGCAUUGACAAUGCUGAUGAAGAUGAUGAAUUCUCACACCGCUGAAGAAACACUAAAAGCUUUAUUUGCUAUUUCAGCACUAAUCAGAAAUAACUUGAAUGGCCAAAAAUUGUUUUAUCAGGAGGGUGGAGAUAAGAUGCUUCAGGAGGUUCUUAGCAAUUCAAAUCUGGAUAUCAGGUUACGUAAGAAGUCACUGAUUCUUAUCGCUGAUUUAGCCGUGAGUCAGAUGGAAAAUGAGAACGCAGCUGAGUUUUCCAUCUUUAAGAAUCAAUUAUUACUGAAGGCCAUCGUUCAUUCAAUGGAAUCAACCGAUAUUGAUCUAGGGGAAAAGGCCCUUUAUGCAAUUGAAAACGUACUACAAAUUAAAUCGCCUGAAAUUCAACGCCUCAGGGAGUUCUUUGAAUCAGGCGGGACAAUGGAGAAGCUGAAGCAAGAGUUGCAGCAGUUCUUUGAUCGUACCGAACACAUAACAGAUGUGGAGAGUUAUCGCAAAGAAGUCCACCGGCUCUUCCAUCAAAAUCUCGCUAAGGUUACACAAGCUGCAAUGUGAUGAUGGCUUCAUUCGGUUUUUGAACUUUAUGCUAUUUGGGUAGGCGCGAUGUAGCCAAGUGGAUCGCUAUGUCAUGACACAGCAUUGGUACAGCAUCUGCUUAGGACUAUAUAGGACUGACUGUUAGUACAUAGGUUUGAUUUCUUUAAUGGCAAUUUUGGGUAAAUUUUUACAGUGGAUUUCAUACAUUUGGCUAUUCCAUUUGUCUGAGUUCCUGAUUGAUAUGAGCAAAUAUUAUUGAUUAGCUUGGUGGUGUUUGACAAUGUAUUUAGUACAUUGGAAUGAAAUGAAUUCAAAUCUGAUUCAUAUAGUCAUUUGUUAUACAG